CGCCUGCGCACCCUCUGACAGCUCCACCUCCAACGUCUAUGCCUUGUGACUCGAACCCUUGCAGUUCAAGUUCAACUACCCCAUUCUGAAAAGUGGUCUCACCCACUCCUGCUUUAGAAUGGUAAGGGCGCUACCACCAUCUGGAAUUGAGGGGGAGUGUCCUUUCCGGAUGUGACACCACACUGACCCGGAAAAGAAGGAAGCUGGGACAGUGGGGCCUCUGUGGCAACUAUGGAGGGAUCCGGCUACAGGGUGGUGUUUGAGAAGGGAGGUGUGUACCUGCACACCAGCGCCAAAAAGCAUCAGGACCCGGACUCGCUCAUCGCUGGCGUCAUCCGUGUCGUGGAGAAGGACAAUGACGUCCUUCUGCACUGGGCUCCAGUAGAGGAGGCUGGAGAUUCCACCCAAAUCCUCUUUUCCAAGAAGGACUCCAGUGGGGGUGACUCCUGCACCUCUGAGGAGGAACCUACCUUUGACCCAGGCUAUGAACCUGACUGGGCUGUCAUCAGCACAGUGCGGCCACGGCCACAUCACUCAGAACCCACAGAAGGUGCAGAGCCAAGCUCCACCCGGGGCUCCUGGGCCUUCUCCGUGAGCCUGGGGGAGCUCAAGUCCAUACGCCGGUCCAAGCCAGGCCUCAGCUGGGCCUACCUGGUUCUGGUGACUCAGGCUGGAGGCUCGCUGCCUGCUCUGCACUUCCACCGUGGGGGCACCCGAGCCCUGCUGCGUGUCCUCAGCCGCUACCUGCUGUUGGCCAGCUCACCGCAGGACUCCCGCCUCUACCUUGUCUUCCCUCACGACUCUUCCGCCCUCUCCAACUCCUUUCACCACCUGCAGCUCUUUGACCAGGACAGCUCCAACGUGGUGUCUCGCUUCCUCCAGGACCCCUACUCCACCACCUUCAGCAGCUUCUCUCGAGUGACCAACUUUUUCCGAGGAGCGCUGCAGCCACACCCUGAGGGGACCUCCUCCCCUGACCUUCCUCCACCACCUGAUGAUGAGCCUGAGCCUGGGUUCGAGGUCAUAUCCUGUGUAAAACUGGGGCCACGGCCAGCUGUGGAACGGGCUUCCCCAGUCACAGAAGGGGAAUGGGCCCUCCACGUGGGCCCUGAGGGCCGCCUACAACAGGUCCCUGAAUUGAAGAACCGGAUCUUCUCAGGGGGUCUGAGCCCCAGCCUGCGACGAGAGGCCUGGAAGUUCCUCCUGGGAUACCUCAGCUGGGAAGGCUCAGCUGAGGAGCACAAGGCCCAUGUGCGCAAGAAGACGGAUGAGUAUUUCCGCAUGAAGCUGCAGUGGAAGUCUGUGAGUCCCGAGCAGGAGCGGAGGAACUCACUCCUGCAUGGAUACCGCAGCCUCAUUGAGAGAGAUGUGAGCCGCACUGACAGGACCAACAAAUUCUACGAGGGCCCCGAGAACCCAGGGCUGGGCCUCCUGCAUGACAUCCUCCUCACGUACUGCAUGUACCACUUUGAUCUUGGCUACGUCCAGGGCAUGAGUGACCUUCUCUCCCCGAUCCUCUACGUCAUUCAGAGUGAAGUGGAUGCUUUCUGGUGUUUCUGUGGCUUCAUGGACCUUGUGCAUGGAAACUUUGAGGAGAGUCAGGAGACCAUGAAGCGGCAGCUCGGGCAACUCCUGCUGCUCCUGAGGGUGCUGGACCAGCCACUGUGCGACUUCCUGGACUCCCAGGACUCUGGUUCUCUCUGCUUCUGCUUCCGGUGGCUACUCAUCUGGUUCAAGAGAGAAUUCCCUUUCCCGGAUAUCCUUCGGCUGUGGGAGGUGCUGUGGACAGGGCUUCCCGGUCCCAAUCUGCACCUGCUAGUAGCCUGCGCCAUCCUGGACAUGGAGCGGGACACCCUCAUGCUGUCUGGCUUUGGCUCCAACGAGAUCCUUAAGCACAUUAACGAGCUGACCAUGAAGCUGAGCGUGGAAGACGUGCUGACUCGUGCCGAGGCCCUCUACCGGCAACUGACUGCCUGCCGGGAACUGCCCCACAACGUGCAGGAGGUUUUGGGUCUGGUGCCACUCUCAGAGCCCCGCAGCCCCUCGCCCCUGGUGUCCCCACUGCCACUAUCACCUACACGGGCCCCGCCUGCCCCGCCGCCUCCAGGGGACACAGCCCCACAACCUGACAGCAGCCUAGAGAUCCUGCCAGAGGAGGAAGACGGCCCAGACUCCUAACGUAUAUUGACCAGUGGCCUGCACGGGCGCUGUAUCUGCCCCAGGCCUCUGGGGGCUAAGGGAGGGACCUGUGAGGAGGGCUGCUGCCCGCUGCACUCCUGAUAAGCUGGUUUCAUUAAACUGACAUUUCUCACUUCACUUGGCAUUAUGGCCAGGAUGGGGAGGUGGUGGCAUGUGGCCCCUGUGCAGAGCCCAAGCCUGACCACCUGACCUGGGACUUGGCCAAUGAGACAUAAGAGGUGGUUCCCGUAGGGCAUGUGGAGGCAGGGCUUCUGGAAAAGUGGAAGAUGAGGUGUUCAGGGCCACAGCAGCAGGCACCUCCGGAUGUAAUGGCAGUGAGGGGCCUGCAGAGCUGCACACUGGUACCCUGCCCACCAGCUGCUGCUCAUGUGAAAAAAAAUAAACUAAACUUGUUUAGCCCACUGGAA